UCUGAAGUGAUGGCAGAGGGCUUGAAGUUCAAAGAUGUGGUCAUUUACUUCUCUCAAAAGGAGUGGGAAUGCUUGCAGUCUGCUCAGAAGGAUUUGUACCAAGAUGUAAUGUUGGAAAAUUACAGCAACCUGGUCUUACUGGGGCUUUCUGAUACUAAGCCAAAUGUGAUCUCCUUAUUGGAGCAGAAGAGCGAGCCCUGGUUGGUUAAGAGGAAUGAGACAAAAGAAUGGUGUCCAGAUUGGGAGUUUGGAAGAGAAACCAAGAAUUUCUCUCCAAAGGAAAACAUUUAUGAAAUUAGAUCACCGCAACAGGAGAGGUUCAGAGCCAUCAGAGAAAUCAGAUGCCAGGUGGAGAAACAACAGGGUCUCCAGGAGGGACAUUUCAGACAAGCUGUAAUACCAUUUACUUCCGUGCAGUGCACAGCCCAUAGAGAACAUCAGUGGAUUCAUACUGGAGAGAAAUCCUGUGAAUGCAGGAAAUGUAAGAAUGCUUUCAGGUGCCAGUCAUGUCCUAUUCAACAUGAAAUAAUUCAUAAUAAGAAAAAAGACCCUAAAUGUGGAGAACAUAGGAAAAUCUUUAAUGGUGGAUCAGACUUGAUUAAGCAUCAGAGGCUUAAUGAAAGCAAAAACCAUAGUGAAAAUAACAAAUGUGCCUUUAAUCGUGAUUCUGGAAUUACUCAACCUCGGAGCAUUAAUACUGGAGAGAAACCUUAUAAAUGUAAGGAAUGUGGGAAAGCCUUUCAUUCCAGCUCACAACUUAGUCAGCCGAGGAUGCAUCUUGGCAAGAAACCCUGUAAGUGUAGGGAGUGUGGGAAAGCCUUUCCAUCCACCGCACAGCUUAAUCUACAUCAGAGGAUCCAUACUGAUGAGAAAUACUAUGAAUGUAAGGAGUGUGGGAAGGCCUUUACCCGUCCCUCACACCUUUUUCGACAUCGAAGAAUCCAUACUGGUGAGAAACCCCAUAAAUGUAAGGAAUGUGGGAAGACUUUUCGUUAUGACACACAACUGAGCCUUCAUCAGAUAAUCCAUACUGGUGAAAGACGCUAUGAAUGCAAGGAGUGUGGGAAGGUGUACAGUUGUGCCUCACAGCUGAGUCUACAUCAAAGAAUUCAUACUGGUGAGAAACCCCAUGAAUGUAAGGAAUGUGGGAAAGCCUUUAUCUCUGAUUCACAUCUUAUUCGACAUCGGAGUGUCCAUACUGGGGAGAAACCCUAUAAGUGUAAGGAAUGUGGGAAGUCCUUCCGUCGUGGCUCAGAACUUACCCGACAUCAGAGAGCUCACACUGGUGAGAAACCCUAUGAGUGUAAGGAAUGUGGAAAGGCCUUUACUUGUAGCACAGAACUUGUUCGACAUCAAAAAGUUCACACUGGGGAGAGACCCCAUAAGUGUAAGGAAUGUGGGAAGGCUUUUAUUCGAAGGUCAGAGCUCACUCAUCAUGAGAGAAGUCACACUGGUGAGAAACCCUAUGAGUGUACGGAGUGUGGGAAGGCCUUUGGUCGUGGUUCAGAACUUAGUCGACACCAGAAAAUUCAUACUGGUGAGAAACCAUAUGAAUGUCAGCAGUGUGGAAAGGCCUUUAUUCGGGCCUCACACCUUAGUCAACAUCAAAGAAUUCAUUCAGGAACCAGGAGUGAAUGAAGAAAUGAGGGAUGGCUCAGAAUUUGAUUAACAUGAGAAAAUUAAUACUGAUUUGGAAAAAUAAAAACCUAUAAUUCUAA